GCCAUGACUGACUCACCACCACCGCAGCCUCGCGCUCGCUCGAAAUCCCCUGCCCCGCGCGAAGGACCAUCCCGCGACAACAGUGACUUGCCUCCCCGGAGGCCCAGGGACCGAUCGCGAUCGCCUGCGCGCAGGCCUAGAGGCUCGGGCGGCUUCAGAUGGAAGGGUGAUCGGAGGGACAAUGACAGGCGGGACUUUCGCCGACGGUCGCCGCAUAGACAAGGGGAUCGGGACCGUGAUCGCGAUCGCGACCGGGGUUAUGGCAGAGGCCGCGACCGAGGAUAUGGUAGAGACCAAGACCGAGACCGCGGUUAUCACAGAGACAACCGGGACCGGGACCGGGACCGAGACCGCGACCGUGGCGAUCGAAGAGAUCGCGACCGCGACAGGGACCAGCAAAAGGAGAAGAAGGAAAAGCCCAAGGCGCCUGUAGCCCAGGCAGGCGAGGAGAUGAUCAUCGUCAACGUCAACGACCGUCUUGGCACAAAGGCUGCCGUGCCCUGCCUAGAGUCCGACACGGUUGGACAGCUCAAGAUGAUGGUGGCGGCGCGAAUCGGACGAGACCCCGGCCAGAUCAUUCUCAAGCGACAGAGUGAGAGACCCUUCAAGGAUCAUAUUACACUUGGAGAUUACGGCAUUUCGAACGGCGUGCAGCUCGACCUAGAAAUUGACACGCGGGAUUAA